AACUAUUUUUUAUCAUUUAUACCUUCAAAUUUUAAUUUAUACUUGUUAUAAUCGUUCCAGUCUUUUUAAUUUUUUCCUUCUUUUCAAAUUUUCGAAUUUUCUCAUUUCUCGUAAAGAGCGCUUUUUAAUAAUUUAUAAUUUUUUUUAUCGUUACAUUUAUCACUCUCAUCAUAAUAUGGCACAACUUGUAGGAGAUAUUCUCUUAUCAAUUUUUACUGAAUUACACGAUGAUUUUACUUCUUUACAUUCAUGUGUUUUAGUAAAUACAUCUUGGUGUCAUAUAGCUAUACCUUUACUAUGGAAGUAUAUUUCAGAUGCUUACGAGUAUCCUUUUAAUCACGAAAUAGAAUCACGUGAAAAAUUAUAUAAUGUUAUCGCUCACUUUUUGCCAAACAAUCCAGAUGAUCCGUUACCACGAAAUAACAUUAUAUUACCUUUAAAUAAAUUCCAAAAAAGUCCAAUUUUCAAGUACAUGAAUUUUUUCACUCGUAUCUCUACAAUAUGGAUUGAGGAUAUGGUUCAACUAACAAUAAAUGAUAAAGUAAAGAAAUCUAAACACAAAAGAAAAAUAUUAAAGCUUGAAAUUUAUAAGCUAAUUUUCAGUAGAUGUAACAAUGCCAAGUAUUUCCAUUGGAAUACUUAUAAGAAAUUAUAUCAUUAUCCAAACGCUAAAACAUUUUUUUCAAAUUUACGUUCCAUUGUAUUCGAUUUUAAAGUCGUGACUUCCAAAACAUUAUUCAAACUUGCAGAUAUUUGUCGAAACAUAACAAAUUUGGAGAUAAAUGAAUGUGAUGAGGAUGUUCCAGGGUUAGUUUCAUUUAUCAAAAUGCAAAAGAAUCUACAAUCAUUAUGUAUAAAAUUUGUUGAUAUAGAAGAAAAAUACACUUUAUUAAGUAAUGUAAUUAAAAAAAAGGCUACAACGUUAAAAAAACUUAUAAUAGAACCCAUUAUUAUAUUAAUUUCACCUAUAUUCAUUCCAUCAUUAACAAAUAUACAAUAUUUAGCGCUCAAUAAUGAAUUUGGUGAAUUAUAUGAAAGUGUGGAGAAAUGGCGUGAAUGGGAACAUUACUUAAACAUGUCCUCCUUUCCAAAUCUCCAAUAUCUUGAAACUUUAUAUAUACCAAGUGAUAUUACAUGUCUAAUAAUUGAAAAAUCAGGAAUGAAUAUUUCAGAAAUUAAAAUAAACCAUUAUCUUGAAUCUAAUGAUUAUCAAUACAAAAAUAAAAAAUUAAUUAAGGUAAUAUCGAGUUGUCAAAAGUUAAUAAGAUUAACUAUGAAUGUUGAUCAAAAAAAUUUAAAUGAAAUGAGUACGAUUUUUUCAAAUUGCAAGAAAUUGGAAAAAAUAUAUCUUACAACAAAUGUCAUUAUAUUACCUAAUGGUGACGAAUUAUUAAAAGUGUUGAGUAAAGUUUCUCCUAUAACUUUACAAGAAUUUUCAUUUGUAGACAAAUGGAAUUUUUCGUUAAAAGGUUUGGAAGAAUUUUUUGAAAAUUGGAAAUCAAAAAAUAGGUUCCCAAUUAAAUUCAUUCAUCAUUAUGAUGAAUGGGCUUAUUAUUCAUGGACGGAAAAUCAUGAUAAAAUAUUAGAAAAAUAUAAGAAUGAAGGAGUAAUUAGAUAACUUUAGAUUAUUAUAAAGUUUUAUUGUAUUAUAGUAUUAUACCAAGUUU